GUUUUUUAAUAAAAUAUUAACCCAAAGGGGCAAAGUCUUCUCAGCUAAACGGUGCCUAAAACAAAACAACAACCGGAGAGAGAAAGAUUAUGUACGAGCGCUAAUUAGCGAUUGCAAUCUGCAGAGACAGAGACACCACUUGACGCCUCUCUCUCCCUCUCUCUACAGCUCAACCCUCACACGCGCCACAAAAACCUCUCGUUUACCUCUGCACUUUAACCAAACACAGUGAUUCUCUCUACUCGUUCUCUCUCUUUCUCCAUCUCUACUGGCAUUGAGGAGGAGGAGGAGGUGGUGGUGGUGCUGGUGAAGAAGUAUAACGGGAAUGGAAUCAACGGAGUCGUCUUACGUAUCGUCACCUGAGGCGCCGCGAAAGAGAUCUCCUCCACCGCCGAAAUCGCCCACUUCUGAGUCUAUCGAGAGGCCAACAUACAUUAGAUUUCUUGUUUCAAAUGCUGCAGCUGGUUCUGUGAUUGGAAAGGGUGGUGCUACAAUCACUGAUUUUCAGUCACAAUCUGGAGCAAGAAUUCAAUUGUCACGCAAUUAUGAAUUUUUCCCAGGAACGUCUGAUAGAAUAAUUAUGAUAUCUGGAACCUUGGAUGAAGUAUUAAAGGCUGUGGAACUUAUUCUUGCUAAAUUGCUUAAUGAGCUUCACACUGAAGACGGUGAUGAUAUUGAUCCCAAAACGAAAGUCAGACUAAUUGUUCCAAAUAGCUCUUGUGGUAGCAUAAUUGGGAAGGGAGGAUCUAUUAUAAAGUCAUUUAUUGAAGAGUCCCAAGCUGGCAUUAAGAUAUCUCCUCAGGAUAAUAAUUUUUAUGGGUUGAAUGAUAGGCUGGUGACACUGAAUGGAACAUUAGAAGAGCAGAUGCGGGCUAUUGAUCUCAUUUUGUCUAAAUUAGUUGAAGAUCCUCAUUACUCGCAGACUAUGCAUGCCCCAUUUUCGUAUGCAGUAGCAUACAAUUCGAUGAACUAUGGACCAAAUGGAGCUGGACCUGGAGGAAAGUUUCAGAAUAGCAAGGAGGAUAGAACCAACUCGGUGACAAUUGGCAUUGCAGAUGAGCAUAUUGGAUUGGUUGUUGGUCGGGGUGGAAGGAAUAUAAUGGAAAUCAGCCAGGUUAGCGGGGCCAGGAUAAAAAUAUCGGAUAGAGGAGAUUUCAUGUCUGGAACUAAUGAUAGGAAAAUCACGAUCACUGGGUCACAGAGAGCGAUCCGGGCAGCCGAGGGCAUGAUAAGGCAAAAGGUGGCCUAUGCUUCUGAGAGGGGAGGAGAUUAGGUUCCAAGUCUGAAUUAUUUUGUUUUUAGUUUCUGGUUGUGCGCCUUUCAAGUGAUAGUUUCCUUACAAAUUUGGUAAUUUAAAAAUUUGUCCACAUACGUCUCAGAGAGAGUUGGUUAGCAAUUUCGAAAACUAUGAUUAGAAUGGAUAAAUUUUUCAUAGAAAGAGAUAGCGAGAAAGAAACACAGAGCUUUCUAUAGGAAAUUAUUCAAGAGUAUAAAUUGGUGUUUCCAGGGAAGGAAAGAUUGGAUUAGGCCCUUAUUAGGUUGACUGAGUGUUCAAAAAAUUUCAUUUAUCUCUUGAUACAGGUGUAAUUUCCAAUUUAGCGAGUUUUUGCAACUGAUUUUUGUUUUCAGAAUGUUAUGUUCUAUAGAGAAGAAUGGGUUAUGCUGUAGGAUUUUUUUAUUUCUUUCGCUUUGGUUUUCUGGGCGCUUAUAUUUGCUGUGACAAUGGGCACUUUUGCUCGUUUAAGUUUAUGACCUUAUUA